ACAGAAUUAGCAGAAGGGCGAUGGGAUGUCUUCAAGGCUGUCGGACAGGUACGUCACAUGCCAAGGCCAAAGGUGAAUAGAAGAGAAAGCAACUUAGAUGUAUGCAUGCAGUCGCUUCUAACAUCAACUCUCGAUAAUUUUCACAGAUAUAACAAGUAAAAAUUGUCUUUGGGUUAAUGCAUGAGAUGAUAAAAAUGAAAAUGAAAAGACUGGCGAAGCAGUUGUAUAUAAUGUGUUUCACCUUAGUUGUAGUUGAAGCUAUGCCAAAUAUGGAAGAUACACCUUUGGGUGUAAAUACAUUUUAUGCUGGAGGAGAAUUACUUGUUGAAUGUGUAGUGCGACAUAUAGAUAAUUACACAGUAUUAUGGAAGACUGAAUCUAGAGAAAGUGAAAAAAUUGAAACUCUUACAGCUGGUAAUAUUAGGGUUUCCAGAGAUCCUAGAAUAUCUAUUUUACAUGAAGAAGGGCAUGAUACAUGGAUAUUGAGGAUAAAUCCUGCUAAGCUGUCAGAUUCAGGCCGUUAUAUUUGUGAAGUUAAUACAUCUCCACCUCUGCAACUUAAUAAAGCAGUACAAGUUAUCAAAAUGCCAAUUAAGCAAACAGCAAAACAUAAUUAUACAGGUAUUAUGGAAGACUGA